AAAAAAAUGAGUCUUGCAAAGUUUGCAGGCUAUGUGACACAUGUACUCUUGGGAACAGUUGUUUUCUCCUCAGUUCAUUCAACAGCUCAACAUCCAUCAUCAUCUUUACAUUUUGAAUCAGUAAACAUUGGUCAGGAUGUAAUUUUGAGAUGUUUCCAUGAAGAGAGUGAUGCAGCUGUCUUUUUCUGGUAUAAACAACCUUUUGGACGGAAACCAAAGUUAAUGUCUACACUUUUUAAGUUCAAGAGAAAUGGCUCUUUUACAAAUGAAUUUCAGAAUGAUGCACGGUUUGAACUGGAAACUAGCAGCAGCAAAAACCACCUGAAGAUCUCAAAUGUUGACGUAUCAGACUCAGCUAUAUACUACUGUAUUAGUGGUAAUUCAUACAUACACAAGUAUUUGGAGGGCGUUAGUCUCCAUGUGAGAGACUCGACUUAUGACAUCCAAGCCUCAGUGGAUCAGUCGUCUUCUUUGAGCGCCCAGCCUGGACGCUCAGUGACCCUCAACUGUACAGUACAUAGUUUAAUCUGUAAUGAAGAACACAGCGUCUACUGGUUCAAAGGCUCUGAAGAAUCUCAUGCAGGACUUAUUUCCAUCCACGGAGGCAGGAAUGAUCAGUGUGAGAGGAAACCCAACUCACAAUCACACACCUGCGUGUACAACCUGCUAAUGCAGAGUGUUAAUGCAUCUCAUUCUGGGACCUACUACUGUGCUGUUGCCUCAUGUGGACAAAUAUUGUUUGGAAAUGGGACAGAGCUGGACUUUAGGGAUAAGGUGGAUGUUCCUGUUCAGCUGUAUGUCUUGAUUGGAUCUUUGGCAUUCAGUAUCAUCCUGGUGGUUUUCCUGAGUUACAAAGUUUAUACACUGCACAAGGCUAAUAGCUGCAAAGAACCUCCAGAGAGAUCCAGGAGUGCCUCGGAGCUAAAUGUAGCGGUGAGUGUUUUAAAUGACUUUUAAAUGCACUAUUGCAACAUUUUAAAGGUUUGAAUGGAAUGGGCUAAAUGACAUCUGACCAGAUGCAAGGGGUAGUAAAUGAAAUAUUAGCACAACUAUGAAUAGUUAAACAGGCGAGGAAAGCUGAUGAAAGGACACAGGGUUGAGGUAACAGUCCAGAGACUAGGAAGGUUUCUAGUUCAGCUAGUGUGAAACAGAAAACAGAUCCAGGAACAGCAGGCCAGGGUCAGCGUCUGAUCAGGGCAAUUACCUGGCAGGGAGCGGCGCGGACAGAGAGCAACAGGAAAUCUAAAUACGAGCAGAGAAGAGGUAACUGGAAAGUGUUAGGAGAGUGGGCAGGAUUGUGAGAAACAUGGUUUAAAUGGAAAUGAAACAUUAUAUGUUCAUAUUUAUUCCUUAUUUUGGGUACCCAGGAUGCAGACAAUGUCCAUUACGCUGCUUUAAGCAAGAUGAAGGUCAGCAGAUCAAGACAGCAGAAAGACACCAGGAAUGACUGCGUGUACUCCAGCGUAAAAGCAGUAGCAGAGACGGACUUUGUUGAUUUGUAAUGUGUU